AUGGAUAAACAUGCUACCCAGCAAGAUUUGAUCGUUUCGACCCAAGCAGGUCGCUGGCAAAUAACGGAUGGUAGCGCUACGUACAACAUCCAGGAACACUUCUACCCCUGUGAUAGUGAGGGAUCGCAUCUACGCAAGAAUGGAGAGGAGAAACGUGGACCUCUUCAAGUGUUUCCAGACUAUGAUGUUGACGAUAGAGAUACUUGUACCGCAUACCUCAGAAUGGAGCUCGUUGAGGGCACGGGAGAUGUACAUUGGAUCCAAUGUCCAACAUGCGACAACUGGUCACAUAUGCAGUGCAUAAAUGGAGAAUACCCUGGAGACGGGACUGUGUUACUUCCUUAG